UUCCCAUUUUGCAUCGUCUUCUUCUUCACUCAACCCACACACCUAUCUUCUUCGAUUUUCUCCAUUCUUUCUUCGCUCUAAUCUUCACAUAUUUCAGAUUCCAGGUUCUUGGGAAAAGUGAGAGCAACGACAUAAGAUGCAGAACCAGGAUGAGAUCCCGCUGGAAGAGGAAAUAGAGUCUACAACAUUUGACACAGCUUAUGAAGCUGAUGAUUGGUCCAAUUACAAGGACUGUGAUGUUCUGAAACAACAGUCUGCAAUAUGGGAAGAGGAUGCGGCGAAGUUUCCGUUUGUUGGUGAUAAGGAGCCUCUCUCUUCACUAGAAGCUGAAUACAAGUCUGGAAGCCCCAUUUUACUGGAGAAAAUAAAGGUGCUGCAUGAACAAUAUGCUGCCAUCAGACGAACACGUGGAGAUGGGAACUGUUUCUUUCGGAGUUUUAUGUUCUCUUACCUAGAGCAUAUUGUGGAGUCACAAGACGAAGCAGAGGUUGAACGCAUUAAAACCAAUGUGGAAAAGUGCAGAAGGACACUUCAGAGUUUAGGUUAUGCUGACUUUACUUUUGAAGAUUUUUUCUCAUUGUUUGUCGAGCAGCUGGAAAGUGUUCUUCAAGGGAAUGAAGAUUCUAUAAGUCAUGAUGAACUCAUAAUGAGAAGCCGCGAUCAGUCAGUAUCCGAUUAUGUCGUGAUGUUUUUCAGAUUCGUUACCUCUGGGGAAAUAAGGAAGCGCUCGGAAUUCUUUGAACCAUUCAUUCUAGGAUUGACAAAUACAACUGUAGAGCAGUUUUGCAAGACGUCAGUGGAACCCAUGGGUGAAGAGAGCGACCACGUUCACAUUACGGCCUUGUCUGAUGCAUUGGGUGUACCUAUUCGUGUCGUGUAUCUUGAUCGUAGCUCAUGUGAUACGGGGAGUGUCAGUGUGAAUCAUCAUGAUUUCAUUCCAGGCUUGGGUGAUACCUCUAAAGCUUCAACUAGUAGCAGUGGCCCUGAAAAGGACCCGUUCAUCGUCUUGUUAUAUCGACCUGGUCACUAUGACAUACUGUACAGAAAGUGAAAAUGUCAAGUGUUGGGUGUGGAAGUGUGACGUAUCGAGGCUGGAUAGCGGAAAUGGAGCAGUGUUUGGAUUAGAAUUCUCCAAUUUGUACUUGGAUUUGUGAUCUAAGUGUUGUGUUGAUUUUUGGUCUGAUAUUAACCCCCAGAAGUAAUAAGUUUCUAAAACUUUCACCUUUAAAAAAGGUUUCUGAUUC